AAUAGUGGUGAGUAGCUACCUCCUCCAUGAGUCAUAUGGACCGGAACUUGUUAAUCGAAAAAAGUUGUGCAGUUCAGUGGGAGAGACGAGAGAACUGUACCACUGCCGGUCGUCAUACCGAUCUACUGCUGGUUUUCCAAGGCGUACACGGUGUUCUGGUCUGCUUUCUAACUACACCAGUCAGAUGGACGACACACCACUCUCCGCUCUUGAAUAUGUCAGAAAUGGCCGGAAGGCUCUUGUUGAAGGACUCAGGUUCCCCUUGUCGACUGCCAAAGAGCUUAACAAGCGUGGUAUUCUCAGUGAGGAGGAACUCUGUACUAUUAGAGGGCUGUCUGGGGGGGCUGACACAACUAGCAAACUGCUGGACAUGGUCAUUGCUAAGGGGGAGCGGGCCUGCUGCGUGUUACUUGAAAUAGAGGGGAAGGAGAAAGAGUCAUUGCAAUUCCAGAAUUUCUCUGCCCCUCGGCACAGUCUGGAAGAGGAUUUUUAUCCGAGGAUGACUCGCUUAACACUCAAGGGGAGCCAAGGGACCACAGAGACAUCGUCACCCAGACUCACUGGAAAUGAUCUGCACUUUAAUGUGAAGGAGGACGAAGAUGUGACUGUGAUUGAAGAAGCUGAGGCGAUCAUAAAGCGGCAUCCAAAGAACAUACAGCUGUAUUUGCAUGUGGAUCAGAACUUUCAACAUCUCAGUGAAGCCCUCAAGGAUAUGAUAUUCAAAUGUUUGCCACAUAUCAGCAGAAUCAGUGUACCUAUGUCUACAGUCUUUAUAAUGCAUUCAAGUAGUGAAAGAUCUACAGAUUCUGGAAUCAGUUUAAGUGAAAGAUCUACAGAUUCUGGAAUCGGAUCAAGUAGUGAAAGAUCCACAGGUUCUGGAAUCGGAUCAAGACCCUCCAGUCCCACAAACACCUUUUUACUACAACUUUUUCUUCAAGCAGCACUAAACGAAGUGCGAACAGGACAGAAGACAGUGAUGCUGCUGUCAAAAGUCAUUAAUUUUAAUGCCAUUUUUCAUGAAAAUGUUUUUCUUGGAAAAACCUCACAGAGUCGCACUGAAUUUCUGCUGGAUCUGUUUUCCCAUAUUAAAGUCUUUGAAGCAGAAACAGGCCAGAGUGUUCAGCCGUUAUUAAGUCCAGUCUAUCAGUCAGCUCCUGCAGGCUGGGAUAUAGACCUCUCUAAGCGGAAGGCAUCCAUCUUCCUUGAAGUGCUGAAAUUCCAGACAGACAAAAAGCCAGUGAACAUUAUAAGCUGGUCAGACGAAGAGAAUGAACGAUGGAGUCUUCUUCAGUGUCUGCCCUAUAUUUCCCAGCUGGGAUUGGCUAAUUGGUGGUCAUCCUCAGAAGAAGCCAUCAGAUUCAUUGCCAAUCUCUUCAUUCAGGCAGCAGAGUGUGACAGACAGACAGGAGAGAAGAACCUGCAGCUCCUCUCAUCAGUCUGCAGUUAUUCCUCUUUCCCUACUUUGGAUGAUGGAACAAUAGCAAUAUUUUUAACAGAACAGAGUGACUUUCUGUUGGAUCUGUACUUAUUUUUAAAGGACUGUGAGAAUCCAUCACGUAAGCAUGUUCUGCAGGCAUUACAGCCAGUUUAUCAGUCAGCUCCUGCAAACUGGGUUAUAGACCUCUCUAAGAGGAAGGCGUCCAUCCUCCUUGGAGUUCUGGAACUCCAGACAGUGAAGAAAACAGUCGAGCUCUUUGGGUGGUCAGAUAAAAAGACUGAGAUAAAGAGUUUUCUCCAGUGUCUGCCCUAUAUUUCCCAGCUGGGAUUGGCUAAUCGGUGUUCAUCCUUAGAAGAAGCCAUCAGAUUCAUUGCCAAUCUCUUCAUUCAGGCAGCAGAGUGUGACAGAGAGACAGGAGAGAAGAACCUGCAGCUCCUCUCAUCAGUCUGCAGUUAUUCCUCUUUCCCUGCUUUGGAUGACGGAACAAUAUCUUUAAUAGAACAGAGUGACUUUCUGCUGGAUCUGUACUCACUUCUGACAGACUGUAAGAAUCCAUCACGUAAGCAUGUUCUGCAGGCAUUGCAGCAAGUCUAUCAGUCAGCUCCUGCAGGCUGGGUUAUAGACCUCUCUGAGUGGAAGGUGUCCAUCCUCCUUGGAGUUCUGUUACUCCAGACAGUGAAGAAAACAGUAGAAGUUGUUGGUUGGUCAGAUGAAGAGACUGAGAUAAAGAGUUUUCUCCAGUGUCUGCCCUAUAUUUCCAAGCUGGGAUUGGCUAAUCGGUGUUCAUCCUUAGAAGAAGCCAUCAGAUUCAUUGCCAAUCUCUUCAUUCAGGCAGCAGAGUGUGACAGAGAGACAGGAGAGAAGAACCUGCAGCUCCUCUCAUCAGUCUGCAGUUAUUCCUCUUUCCCUGUUUUGGAUGACGGAACAUUAUCUUUAAUAGAACAGAGUGACUUUCUCUUGGAUCUGUACUCACUUUUGACAGACUGUGAGAAUCCAUCAUGUAAGCAUGUUCUGCAGGCAUUGCAGGCAGUCUAUCAGUCAGCUCCUGCAGGCUGGGUUAUAGACCUCUCUAAGAGGAAGGCGUCCAUCUUCCUUGGAGUUCUGGAACUCCAGACAGUGAAGAAAACAGUCGAGCUCUUUGGGUGGUCAGAUAAAAAGACUGAGAUAAAGAGUUUUCUCCAGUGUCUGCCCUAUAUUUCCCAGCUGGGAUUGGCUAAUCGGUGUUCAUCCUUAGAAGAAGCCAUCAGAUUCAUUGCCAAUCUCUUCAUUCAGGCAGCAGAGUGUGACAGAGAGACAGGAGAGAAGAACCUGCAGCUCCUCUCAUCAGUCUGCAGUUAUUCCUCUUUCCCUGCUUUGGAUGACGGAACAAUAUCUUUAAUAGAACAGAGUGACUUUCUGCUGGAUCUGUACUCACUUCUGACAGACUGUAAGAAUCCAUCACGUAAGCAUGUUCUGCAGGCAUUGCAGUCAGUCUAUCAGUCUGCUCCUGCAGGCUGGGUUAUAGACCUCUCUGAGAGGAAGGCGUCCAUCCUCCUUGGAGUUCUGUUACUCCAGACAGUGAAGAAAACAGUAAAGCUCGUUGGCUGGUCAGAUGAAGAGAAUGAGCAAAGGAGUUUGCUGCAGUGUCUGCCUUAUGUUUCAGAACUGAAUAUCAGCAAACAACUUCUGCAGCAGCUCCUCUGUCUGACCUCAGUGGGGGGUGAAGUCCAGGUCACCAGGCAGGCUGCCUCCCUCUCCAGGGUCUUGGGCAGGACAGUGGAUCUCAGCCACAUCCAGAUUGACCCCCAAACUUGCAUGUCACUGGCCGCGGUGCUGGAGCAGGCCGAGGGGCUGUCGGAGCUGGAUCUCAGUCACUGUCAGCUGGACGACCACAGCGUGGAUCUUCUGCUCCCACAUCUGCACAAAGCGAGAGUCCUGGAUCUAAGCAACAAUGAGAUCUCUGACCUCGGAGCUCUGAGAAUCCACAGCAUCGUGUCUGCAAGCAGCUAUAUCCAAACAGUGAGGUUGUUUAACAACAGAAUUACGGACAUGAUGACCUUCCUGACAGACCCACGCUAUCAUUUAUGGGACCAGUCAAAGGACCAAAACUCAGUGGAGUUCAAACCAGAUUUAAAUCUGCAUAACGGUGAACUUUCCUACAGCUUCAGCUGUGAAUCGGGAGGCCGCUUUCAGUGCAGUGAGACGGGGCUGGUGUUUCUGAUGAAGGCUGCAGGCAAGGUGGAGUACAGCCCAGCUUACUGGGAUGAGGCUGCUUUGAGAACUACUGGUUAUGAACCUGCGGGGCCCCUGUUCAACAUCGAGAAUCCUGACAGAGGGCUGUGUGCACUGCGGCUUCCACACUGCGAGGCGGAUGUGGAAGGACGAGAGCACCUGUCUGUGGCCCAUUUCUGUGGUGGAAAUAUGCAGGUGCUGAAGCCUUUGGCAGUAACAGACACUCAUGUGACGAUCCAUGUCCAGAAUCUCUCACUUUUUGGUCUUCUUAGGAAUAUACUUUCAUUAAUUACGUCUAGCGUCCGGGGGCAGGUGUUACUUUUCCAGCCACCUGGAAGCCCUCCUCAGAAACAGAUAUACGUGUUCCUGUUACCCUCCAAUGUGCCAGUUUCCCAGGUGAAACAUCAGCACCUUCAAUGCAGAUACGUAACCACUACUGCAGACUGCACGUUUACUGCAAACCGAAAGUACAGUGUUACCUCUGACCUCAAAGGAGUUCAUAAAAUCCAGCCUGAGUCGUGGGUUUUUUUCUGUAACUAUGGUCCAAACUUCCACCCGGCCUUUGAGGUUUUCUUCAACCAUGACAUCACAGAAAUGAGAUUGGCCGUUUUGGACGACAGACAGCAUGAACUGUGGGUUCGCGGAAUACCUUUGACAACAGAAGCAGCUCCAGAUUCGAACCAGGCAGGAGAUGCUGCAGUCGGCGGUGCUGUAGGAGGGGAAGUGAAUCCUGGGGAGGCGGGAGAGAUGGACGGGGCUUCAGGCUACAUGAAAGAUGGGAAACAUUUUGUUGACAGGCACUGGGGAGAUCUGAUCAACAGGGUCGGCUUGGUGGCUCCAGUUUUAGAUUAUCUCUUUGAGAGUGGAUUCAUGGAGCUUGAAAUGUACUCCAGCAUUUUAAAUGAGAGAAACUCCUGUGACCAAAUGAGGAGCCUGAUGCUCAAAGUCAUCAUGCCUGGUGGCAAACGAGCCAAAGACGAGCUCUGCAAGAUAUUAGAGACUCAACAGAAAUGUCUGAUGGAGGAUCUGAAAGGACAGUGAGACAGGUGUAUGCAUGUGAGGGACAAUCCCAGAGGCUCCAGAUGUGAAAACGUAGAUGGUGAAAAUUUCUGCUCUUCUCCAGCAUGAAAAACUUACAUUUGAAAUUGAACCUGAGGUUGAUACAUUUUGAGAAAUUCUCUAUGGGCUUUAUUAAAUCUGGAGUAACUUUACUUUGGGAAUAAGUUUUUACCAUAUUUAGUCAAUGAAAAAGUAUGUGCACAUAUAUAUGAGCUGAUGUUUACAGUAUGUAUGUGCGUAUAUGUAUGUGCUGAUGAUUACAGUAUGUCUGUGCGUAUAUGUAUGUGCUGAUGAUUACAGUAUGUAUGUACGUAUAUGUAUGUGCUAAUGUUUACAGUAUGUAUGUGCGCUAUAUGAGCUGAUUACAGUAUGUAUGUGCGUAUAUGUAUGUGCUGAUGAUUACAGUAUGUCUGUGCGUAUAUGAGCUGAUGAUUACAGUAUGUAUGUGCGUAUAUGUAUGUGCUGAUGUUUACAGUAUGUAUCUGCGUAUAUGUAUGUGCUGAUGAUUACAGUAUGUCUGUGCAUAUAUGUAUGUGCUGAUGUUUACAGUAUAUAUGUACGUAUAUGUAUGUGCUGAUGAUUACAGUAUGUAUGUGCGUAUAUGUAUGUGCUGAUGUUUACAGUAUGUAUGUGCGUAUAUGUAUGUGCUGAUUAUUACAGUAUGUAUGUGCGUAUAUGUAUGUGCUAAUGAUUACAGUAUGUAUGUGCGUAUAUGUAUGUGCUGAUGUUUACAGUAUGUAUGUGCGUAUAUGUAUGUGCUGAUGAUUACAGUAUGUCUGUGCGUAUAUGUAUGUGCUGAUUAUUACAGUAUGUCUGUGCGUAUAUGUAUGAGCUGAUGUUUAUAGUAUGUAUGUGCGUAUAUGUAUGUGCUGAUGUUUACAGUAUGUAUGUGCGUAUAUGUAUGUGCUGAUGAUUACAGUAUGUAUGUGCGUAUAUGUAUGUGCUGAUUAUUACAGUAUGUCUGUGCGUAUAUGUAUGAGCUGAUGUUUAUAGUAUGUAUGUGCGUAUAUGUAUGUGCUGAUGUUUACAGUAUGUAUGUGCGUAUAUGUAUGUGCUGAUGAUUACAGUAUGUAUGUGCGUAUAUGUAUGUGCUGAUGUUUACAGUAUGUAUGUGCGUAUAUGUAUGUGCUGAUGAUUACAGUAUGUCUGUGCGUAUAUGUAUGUGCUGAUUAUUACAGUAUGUCUGUGCGUAUAUGUAUGAGCUGAUAUUUAUAGUAUGUGUCUUUUCCUUUUGUUGUAUUUCCAUUUUUUGCUCUAUUUUUUAUGGACAUGUGACGAUGUUAUAAUGUCUGUUUGACACAGAAAAAUUCUAUUUUUUUAUUUUUUAUUCUCAAUGCCUGAAUUUAUAUUUGUAACAAAGUCUAUGAAAAUAAUCAUUUUAGGUGACAAUCUCCGGGGAAUAUUGUGGCAUUACUACUGAAACAUUGUGAAUAAAAGGAAAGUUUGUCAUAUGUGAACAAAUCAUAGGUGAUUAAUGCCCACUAGUGCUAUUAGUGCUAUUUGCAGUUGCAUUUACAACUCAAAAUUUAUCCUGAGAAGCGACAUGUUGGUCAGUUUGCAGAGUGGGGAGGGGAGAUAGAACGCACAGGUCUGGGAAAUAAAUACUUUCUCGUC